AUCGUGAUUAUUAUUAGGUUAUUAAAUGCCAAUUUCUUAUUUCUUUUUUAGAAUAAAAUUAAGGUCUGACUAAUAAUACUAUGUGCUGCCUCCACACAAAAGACACUCCUGCUACUGCAAAGUCGUAAAGCUGUGGUGUCGCCCAACUCGCUCUACCUCUAUUCGACGCGCUCAACAGGCCCGGAACUCCGAUAUGCAGUCGCCGGCGAGUAGCCCAACGGCAAGAUAUACGUACACGCUUCCAUCGGAUGACGAAGAAAUAUCCGACAUGGAGGUAUCGGUGACGGCGGUGGAGAAGAUUCUCAAGUACAGUUUCAAGAACAAGAAGCUGCUGGAGGAAGCCCUAACUCAUUCCUCCUGCACCGGCUCCUCCUCCUACCAGCGUCUCGAGUUCGUCGGAGAUGCAGCUCUUGGCUUGGCACUCGCCAAUUAUGUUUUCCUCCUGUACCCUGAUCUUGACCCUGGCAAGCUCUCGCUCGUACGCGCCGCCAACAUCAGCACCGAGAAGCUAGCGCGCGUCGCCGUCCGCCAUCAGCUUUAUAAGUAUGUUCGUCACAACGCCACUGCGCUGGAAGAAAAGGUAAGAGACUUUGUGAAGUCAGUAGAACAAGAGGAUGAAGCAGAGGUUUACGGGGGUUUGGUGAAAGCACCAAAAGUUCUUGCUGAUAUUGUAGAGUCAGUGGCUGCUGCAGUAUAUGUUGAUUCCAACUUUGAUUUGAAGUCUAUGUGGUUGAUUAUUCGAGACCUUCUGGAGCCUAUUGUUAUGCUUGAUGUGCUGGAACAACAACCACAACCAGUCACAAUGCUCUUCGAACUGUGCCAAAAGGAUGGAAAGCAAGUUGAUAUAAAACAUUGGAGAAAAGGAGAGAGAGAUAUUGCAAGUGUCUAUGUUGAUGGGCAUUUUGUAGCAUCAGCUUCUUCUGAGCAAAAAGAGAAUGCGAAGCUUCAUGCUGCGAAGGCUGCUCUUCGUAAGUUGUCUUAUGACUUCGGUGACAUAAUGAAUGCUGACAUAUUUAGCCAACUAAAUGGGGACAAUGAGAUUGAGGGCGCGAAACAAAAACUGCAUGAACUGUGUGGCAAGAAGAAGUGGCCGAGACCGAAUUACAAUUCUUUGUUUCCUGUCAAUGUACGCAGAAUCCAGAAAGAGGUUGGUCGUGCUCAUGAGAAGAGAUAUGUAUGCUCUGUUGAAAUUGAAAUCACUGAAGUUGUACUUUUUGUGACGGGGAAUGAGAAGCCACGAGUGAAAGAGGCAGAGAACUCGGCAGCUUCUGUAAUGCUUCAUGGUCUAAGAGACUCUAAGUACAUAUGAUUUUCUCAGAACAUAGAGAGUGGCCUAUUGAAUUCCUAGUUCUGAGAUAACAAAUGCUUCUGUCUGAUUGUAAUUGUAGAGAUGUUAGGUUUAUAUAAUCCAAUCCCGGAAAUGGUUUCUUGGGCCAAGUUACCUGGUGUCUUGUUCAAUAUUCUGUGCUUCACUACAUGGAUGACUGUUGAUCUGAUAAAAAAU